CAGCCCAAACACUGAAAAGAAGGUGUCGAGUCCGAUGAAACGAAAUGUUAACCAGGCCUAAUAUUGCGAUAUUUCAACCAACAUGAGAAUACAAUGGAAUUCUUUUUACUGGAAUAUAUAAUUUCAAGUACCUGAGGAGCAGUUUGCUGCCUGCAAUGAUGGCGACGUAUUCAGCGUCGCGGAGCUCGGUUGACUUGGCAAUCGACCCCCUGAUCACAUGCAAGCUGUGUCUGAUGGAGUGUCUCCUGCCAGAGAUGUAUGAGCUGCAUGACUGCAAGUGUCUGUACUGUGAGUCGUGUGUACGGCAGUACCUGACAGUGAUGAUCACUGAGGGCAAUGUAUCUGAGAUCACCUGUCCCGAUGCUCAGUGCAAGAAGCAAGGCAAGAUUGAAGGUCCAGAGAUAAAAAAAAUGGUAGACCACACCACAUUUGAGAGGUACCAAAGAUUACGGUAUUUGAGGGAGGUUGACAUGGACCCCAACCGUACCUUCUGUCCCGAGGCUGGCUGUGAAACAGUCUGCCAUGUUUGCUCAAGUCCCACACCUCCACCGGAGGAGAACGUCCAUCCUUCGCCUGUCCAGUGUCCAACAUGUGGUCUGAAGUUUUGUUCAAUAUGUAAAUCCAAAUGGCAUGCUGCCAAAACUUGUGAUGAGGUGAUGGCGUCUGGCAGACAGGAAGAUAUUGGCAUUCCAUUCAGCAGUGCAGAAGAUGCGAAGAUCAAGCGUUGCCCCGUCUGCCAUGUGCCUAUAGAGAGAAAUGAUGGCUGUGCACAGAUGAUGUGUAAGAGAUGCAAACAUGUGUUCUGCUGGUACUGCCUUGCAUCUCUAGAUGAUGACUUUCUGUUGCGGCAUUACGACAAGGGGCCAUGUAAAAACAAACUGGGACAUUCCAGAGCCUCUGUGAUAUGGCAUAGAACACAGGUGGUGGGCAUUUUCGCAGGUUUCGGCGUGCUGCUCCUGGUGGCAUCUCCCUUCCUCCUACUUGCUGCACCAUGCAUCUUGUGCUGCAAGUGCAAGAUGUGCAAGUGCUGCGAAGAUGAGGAAGGGGAUGGCCUCGCCACUUGACGGGGGAUGCCAUCGCUGGGGAGAAGUCAUUUUGGAGAAUUGUCAAGCCAAAUUAUUAUAGGAGCAGAAUAUAUAUGUAUGAAAAAAUGACAUUGAAAUAUCCUCUUUUUGUACUUGUAUGGGAGUUCAAAGUGAAAUUUGAAUUAUUUCAAGAUGGGUGAGACUGGGAAAUGGAAAUGAGACGUGGCAAUAUUGAGAUGUCACCAAGCAGGGAGAAGUCAGUGUGCUGGUUUGCAGUGUCACAUUCCCAAAUGGGUGAUCUCAAUGGCAACUCAUGGUACAACAGUAAUCUGAGAGUAUAAAUACUAUUGUUUAACAAAGACUGAUUGUAAUUAGGCUUCUGGCCAGUUCAAAGGCCAAUUCUCACUCACAUUGAUGUUCCUGGAAAUGGCCUUAAACAAAUCCCCUUCUACAUGAUCAACCCUCUUGUUGGAGUUGAAUAUCCUUGAAUCUUUAACCAUGGUAACAAGGUAAACAGGAGAGCCAAAACUGUGCCAUGUUUUCUAAUGCAGAUGGUGGGAUGUCUGAUAUAUGGCCUUUGAAAAUGCUUGCCUUCAAUCUUGUGACUGAAAUUCUGUAUGGACCUGUAUUAUGGCCAAAGGAAAUAUUUUCCUGUAUUAUGGCCAAAGGAAAUUAUUUUCCCUGUGAUCACAGUUUGACUGUAUCUUCAUGGUUCCACCAAUAUGCUGGUCUACUAGACAAAUGCCUGUAAAUGGUAAUUAGGACCAGUAAUAUUUUAUUCAAAGACUGGCUUUUGAAAAAUAUGUAAUGCCAAGACUCCUUUUUUACUUUUAACUCAAUAUAGGAGCUUAAUUUGGCAGAAUAUUUUCUUUAUAAAUGUAUGCAUGUUUUGUAGUUUUGGAGCCAAAUUUGUGGUACCACUGUUUCUGGUUUAUCACUGGCUACCUGACAAAACUAUAUAUGAGGUCUUAGGCAGCCUUAGAAAUUGGCACUAGUCCUGUAGUCCUUGCCAAACUGCCCAAUAGUUAAGGUAUCAUAAGGACUAGUAGAAAUUGGCCCUUUUUAAGGGUUUUGCUAUAUGUUAUCAUUAUAAGGACUAGUGGACAAAAACUGUUAGUUUCUACUGCUGUUAGGAGUGUUUUUUCUCUCAGAUUACUGAUGCAGCUGUUGGAGUUCAGCUUGUAUAAAAUGUACAAAUAUAUAAUAAUAUUUAGUGUGAAACUGUAAGAACCCUAGCUGGAACUGUGAUGUCAUGUUCAUUAACAACGUUGUCUGUCUGGUCAGGACCUUGUAGAAAGUGAGUGUUACUGAUAGUUUGGUAUUUAUGCUACAUAUACUGCUCAACUUUUGUUUGUUAGGGAAAUCAGCUAACCCAGUGUAGGAUUUGAGGGUCGAUUUAGGUGUAUGACAUGAUUUUGUGUCAUAACUGCCAAUUAUUGCCCUUGAUCUUGUUCUGCAGGGGUUGUCGUAUGUGUAUGUUUGGUAGAGUUACAGUUGUCUUUGCGCUAAGAUUGUUGGACUGAACAAGCCAUGAACUCAUUUCCGCUAAGCUGUCUAUGCAUUAAGCUAAUUAUAACGCCUAUACUUUGACAUAGCUUUACGAUACUCAUAGCAUACAUCUACUCUAUGGAAAAAAGGCCUUAAGCUCCAUUCCAUGAAGCAAUUCUAUUAUUAUAACUAUCAUGAUGUGUUUGGUAGUUACAGAACCACCCUCUCAUGACAAAGAUGGUUUUAUGGAACAAGGCCAUAGGCUUUGUUCAGUGAAGUGUCUGUGUCUAUAAAUAUGUGCUGUUUCGGUGUUCCAACAGUCAUAGCACUAAGGUUACUUUGUGGAAAGGGGCCUUUUGUCUUUUGGUGGUCCUUCUACCAUACUUUCAACACUGACUUAGCGCUAAGAUUGCUGUACAUGGACAUUACGGAGAAUGCAAGGGGAUUUACUUUAGUGGUACCCCACUUAUCCGGACCCUUAUCCAAGCCUCGCCUACUGGACAAUAUUGAUCUGAAACGAAAUAAAUAUUACUUACAAUUCUGCUUUAGAAAGUGGUCAGAUGUAACAAGUAUUAUAUUUGGGAUAACACUUUCUUAGUAAAGUACAGAUUCUCAUAUUUUGGGGGGUUGUGACCCAUCCGGGAUUCGAACCUACACUGCCAGAGUGAGGCACCUAAUCGCCAGCACACGAAGUCAGUGAUCUAACCCACUCAGGCUUCCCAAAAAGUGAAAGUCCGACAACUGGUAGUUAAGAUCACAUACUUAAUGAUCACUAUGUUAAUUAGUUACAUGUCUGAUUGUGAGUUGGGCAGUCAUUGUCAUUUGGCACUGAGUGAGCUUUGAGAUUAUCCCAUAAAUUAAGGUGCAAAAAACAGGUGACUGCGUGUAUGCACACUGUACAUUGUAUCGGUCAACAUUGCAAGUCAACAUGCUAAGCAGAAACGAAAUGUAGUGACAGCUGGGGAAAAGAAAGAAAGCUGUCAGUGUAAAAAUACUACUCCUAAACUAGCCUCGACUUUUUGAGUAAAACGCUUUGGCAGUAAAGAUAUUAUAUGUUUGAAUAAAGAUAUUAUGCCUUACCCUUAUAUAUAAUAAUAGAGUUGUUUAUGUCUCAGGAGAAUUUAGGUAGGGGAGGUAAGUCUGGUCAGUUAUUACAAGGGACUCUGAUAUCAAGAAACUUGUUUUUCCUGACAAUAUUUUAGAAAAAAGUGUCCGGUUAAGCGAGGUUCAACUGUUUUGUUUUAUUUGUGGUUGCCAGUUGAUUUCCCUACAAGUUGCAUAGUAUGUAUGAUGAAUGAUUGUUUGAAAUGUUUUCUAAAUAUGUGACAAUGUUAGAAAUGUUUUUAAACACUGGUUGUUUGGAAUCUGUCAUGCCUUGUGCUUUUAUGAAUACAACGGACAUGCUUGGAUAUGUUGUGGACUAGGAAGGAUUGAGUUGAGAAGUUUGUGUUCAUAUAUAAUCAGUCGUCUCUUAUCAACUGUGGUGUUACUUGUAAGUUUCUCAUUCUGCCUCCUGGGGCGGUCGGGUAGCCUAGUGGUUAAAGCGUUCGCUCGUCACGCCAAAGACCCGGGUUCGAUUCCCGACAUGGGUACAAUGUGUGAAGCCCAUUUCUGGUGUCCCCCGCCGUGAUAUUGCUGGAAUAUUGCUGAAAGCGGUGUAAAACCAUACUCACUCACUCACUCAUUCUGCCUCCUAAUCUACAGGGUUGCAUUUACCAGUAAACUCAAUAAACAUACUAACCAAUGGUGGGGUCCCAUUGUCUUGUAGCGAUGUUGGAAACUUUGAAAGCAGCUAAUGUUGACAUUUUCACAGUUAUAUUUUAUCGUAAAUCCUUCAAUAUAUUCUGGGGCCGAUGAACCUCUGACUUGAAUAAACGAUAGGUCAUAUUUUAGUGUACAAAAUUCAGUUGUGUAAUGCUCCUUUUUCAAUACGUCCGGUGUAGUUUCAAAUUUUCUGAAUUGUUUGAGUCAACGGUCAUAUGGCAUGGGUGUUGGAAUACAGAAUGCGAGAAACAAACAAAAUGCUUUAUUGUAAAAAAACCUGAAUAAAAUUAACGCCUGUUUGAAAUAAUUGCCGGGUCUCUGGACAUUGCCAAAUAACUAAAACGCUGGAUGUGUAUUCAAGGAUUUACGGUAUUAAUAAAAAAGGUUUAAAUUAUCUUUGAAAAUAAUGGCAAGAAUCAGUUUCAGAAACAAAAUGUGAAAGUCAAUGGGUCCUUGUCAAAACUGUUUCGUUCAAUUUUGAAAAUUACAGGGGUUACUAGAUAAUAUUAUUGAUGGAAGCAGAUUUCCAAGGACCCCUCCCCCAUAAUUUUUUGCCUGGAAAUAUUUGGAAAAUUGGUGGGUAGUGUCCCUUCCUUUUUUUAAAUUUUUGCUGCAAUAUUUAACAGUUGCUUCACUUGCUUGAGGACACAAAUUCAAUGUCUCUAAAUUUCUCGAUAACUGAUUUUAUUCAAUUCUGCAACUUUAAUGUGAUAAUCUUUUAUGAUAUAAUGAACUGACAGGAAGAACAUCAAGCUUCAGGUUAUGGGACUCUGCUGUAAUAUUGGGUAAAGAGAUAUAUGCCUGGGCAUAUAUUUCCUAACCCAAUUUCACUGACACUGAUAACAAUCUGUAUGCGAACGCAGAUGAUCAUCAAACUUUGUCAACCCGCACUUUUCAUCCUCAGAAUAUUUAACAUAUCGUACUUUGUGAUACAAAAUGAAUUAUUUUGUCGCUGUGUUGAACACAGAUUUAUUACAAUGUAGUGUUCAGUUUUGUUGUUGAAUGUUUGCUUCAUGUAUUUAUUUUGUUUUUUGUUGUGAUAUACUUGUGGUUUUAGCAUUUAGUGCUGUAUUGGUCUUAGAAAUGAGAUUUGGAUUCAAUUUCAUAGCUAUUUAUGCACUUCCCCAUUGUUUUCUUCUGUUAGCUCACCUGGUUCAAAGGCAGUAUGAGCUGAUGUUGGGUUACUUUUACAUCUGUCAUCUGCAAACUUUUCACGUUUUCUAUUUUUCAUCAGAACUGCUAGAUUGAUUUACAUGACUUAUUUUUCAAGGCAUCAAUUUUGAGUACUGUAUCCACCCUGCUCCAAUAUGCACCUUCGACUAACUUCUUGACCAAUCUGGAUUAAUAAGUGCAUUUUAUUCAAGUGCCCUGUACAAAGACUACAUGAACAUGAAUGCCCAAAAUGAUUUAGUAAAGGUGCUAUUAUGCACACAGACACAGGUUUAUUCCCAAAGCAAACACAUCACCACCUGAAAUGACACGCAGUGGUGAGACUCAAGCAGUGACUCCUCGAACUGUUCUUGCCAUAAAAGGCAGCUAUGCUUGUUGUAAGAGGCGACUAAUGGGAGCGGGAGAUCAGGCUUGCUGACUUGGUUUAUGUAUGUUAUUGUAUUCCAAAUGCGUAGAUCAGUGCUCAUGAUGUCAAUCACUGGAUUGUCUGGUCCAGACUUGAUUAUUUAAAGACCGCCGUCAUAUAGCUGGACUAUUGCUGAGUGCUUAUUAUGGCAAAUACAGUAGUUUUUUAAAAAUUCUGGUUGUUGUUUUUUGUUUUUUUAAAUAUUGAAAAUCUUCUGAGAAUCCACAAGACCUUGAAAGGUAAAUCCUUGUAGGGAUGAUACUAACCUCAAGUGGUUUCACGUCUCAACAAGGCAUCAUCAUUCACUAUCCAUGUUGUAGAACAUCGUUUGGUCUUUGGAGUUUUAAAUGUGAGCCAUGUGAGCUACAGAGCCUUUUCUUACAUUUUACCGUCCUACUUCAUUGAACACUAACAAAGUUUCAUAAGGUUUGUGAGAAUAUGGUUGAAGUCAAGAGAAACAAAGGUUGUUCUAACAGGCAACUUGAAUUUAACUCAAUCUGUUUACAAGAACAGUAAUAGCCACUGUUGUUGAUUUGAACUAGUUUGUAAACAUUGUUUUCAGUUUUGUUAAGACUCGACUGCUUGUAGCCUUUGUCAGGACAGGACAAAUCACUUUGAUAGAAGCCUGUAUACAACGAAAAUGUUGUCUGUCAAUUUAUUGAAAAAUUAUUUUGUUUUGUUCUAAAUUUACAUUCUCAUGACACACUUCAUUUGAAGAUUUUUACAGAUUUGGGUUUGAAAUCGAACUUAACAGAGAUCUAUUUAUUCCACGCGUGUUUCAUGAAACUGUUGUAUUGAGGUGUCAUAAGUGUUAUUUGGAACUUCUUUAUUGAUUACUGUUACAAAGAGAACUCAAUUUUGAGUCAAGUCAGUAUUGAAGAACAACUUUUUCUCAUGGGUAAGGUGCUAAAUAAGCUGAAAAAUCAAAUAUUUGAUUCUUAGGUAAAUCUAAAUACAUAUUGUUUUUGUUCCAAAGCACCAGUGAAUGCUGUGUUGUGGGAUUUUGAUGGUCCCUUAGAGCCUCUGUAAUAUCUAAUACUUGGACAAACACUUAUUUUAUGUAUGCCUUGUGUUCAGUGGUGUAUAAGAUAUGUUUCUUGUUAGUGAUUAUGUUUUCAGGCUAUAGACUUUGUGUUCAGUGGUAUUUAAACAUUUUUCAGUGUUCCUGUUUUAUUCUAAUGCUUGUUGUGGAUGUAUUAUAUCUACAUUUUAGCUCAACUGAGUGACAAAAUAAUCCCUGAAGCACUACCACAUGCCAAAAAGUUCUGAUGUUUGGAAGGUAUAUUUGUCAGGGAGUAUUGUUUGGUUUGCCUUUCUGGAGACGUUUAAUGCAUUUGUUAACCAUUUAUUAAUAUCAUUUGUUGUUAAUUACUUCUAAUGUAUCUGUGCACUUACAAAAAAUAACUUGUAUCUGGAAAAAAAUACAUAUUGAAGAAAAAAUAUGGAAUUUUUGCAGAAAUUAUCAUUACUCAUUUUAGAAACAUAAGUACUUGUACAUGUUUAUGGAGGAAUUUUAUGAUAGAUGGGUAUUAUAUUACCAUUAACUGAUAAAGGUCCAAUAUUGUAUAUAUUCAUGUUUUGGUGAGAUAUUAAUGUUCAAACAAGACUAGCUCAUUUUUAUAAUACUAAUGACAGCAAUGCAUAGCUAGGCAUAGUAUGUAUCUAUAAUCUUUUGCUUUUUUAAAUUGUUCUAUAAUUCAUUCACAAGAAGUUGUGUGGGAAUUUUCUGAUUUUGUUGACAUGUGAAAAAACUAAUUCAGCAUUCAUUCCAUCUGCCAGUCAUUCUUUCCACUUCCGUUUUUCAACUUUCAUCUCACAGCAUUUAAAACUAUGCUCAAAGGCUGAAGUAACAGUCAUCAUGUAUAAUUAUGCUGUACAUCUCUUUUGUAAAACUGAAUUUGAAACAUUGAAACCUGGAGGCUAAGAGGUGCACUCAUCAGCCUAUUCCUUACAUGCAAUUGUGGGAUAUCUGGAAUAUUGUCAAAGGUGCAUAAAAUAUUCUUCAGUCCAAUAAAAUGCGAGUACACAUUUAAUUAUAAAAAAAAAGGGUCAUGGUCUUUACAAAAUAACAAUAUAAUAUAUGAGAAGAUGGCCAUAUUUAUUUUUGCCUUUAAGUAUUUUUUUUUUCGAUUUCAGAGGUAAUACACACUACACUAUUCAAUCAUAAAUGCAUCUACUGUUAUUCAUGCAGAGAGAAAAUGAGGAAAUAGGGACCCCUCAAAAUGUUUUUAUUAUCCAAACAACAUAAUACUGAAAGGAUGUAUUGUAAAAUUAUGUAAGUAUGACAGAAUCUCAAAGAUAUCGUUUAUGACUGUUUCAAACAAUGAAGAAGGCAGAUUAAUUAUAAACAUGUCCUACAAGCUUGUAGUGAGUACAUUCUUCGACUUAUCCCUUCUAAGUUCAAAAGUUUGAUGUAUACAUGUAUAAACAAAUAAUUCCUCUCCUAUUUUUCUUCAGAUUAAACUUAAUGUUAUGAGCGAGUUAUCCUGUGCCAUAGGUCUUGUUCUAAAUGAAGAAUAGAUGUUGAAAGUGUGUGUCAUUUGUAGCUUGUGUUGACUGUACUGUGUGUUCACAUUGCAAGCUGUUGUUCAAUACUGUACUUGUCACUGUAAACAGUGCAGCUAUUUUCACUGUCUUUGAAUCAGUGUUUUCAGACUCUAUUCAGUUACCUUGCAUGUUAUGAGAAACUCUGGAAACCUCACCUUUAAAAACUUUAUAUUGAAAUCUUGUGUUGUAUUGCUCAACUAAAAGUCACCCACUUUGAAAAUGACACAUCUAUGAAAUCUCUGAUGUUCCCAAGAUGUUUCAUUGUACUACAAUUCCAUGUCAAGCAUCUUCAUGAUUCUGACUUUCAUGACAUUAUGCUAUAAAAAAAGUUUCCCAUUAGCUCAUUUUACACUUAUGAGGAUGUUUCUAAACUCAGAAGACUGAAAACUAGAUAAAAUAAUGAGAAACACUUUUUACCUACCUGGUAUUCAUGGACUAAGAAAUAUGUUAUAGAUAUGAAACAUUAUUAGCAUUUGGCAGAAGGGGUAAAAGUACAUUGACACUACAUAAUGGUCAGCUGUGAUAUUUUUUCUAUCGAGUGUUUCUUUCAUUCUAGUCUUGUGUUUCUACUAAUUGUUUUUAUCUCAUUUUAGCUGGAACAAAAAUCAGCAUUCCACAAGUUCAAUGUAUCCACGUUUUUUAAAAUCAGUUUUUUGCAAACACAAAUAUAUUUAAAGAGUCCAAACUUAUAUUGGUAUGCAAUUAAUCAUUAACUAGAGGGAGAGUAUUAAAUCCUGGAUACUCAUAUCAGCUAGUCCUGUAUACUAAUGAUUUCAGUUUUUGUUGGCGUGUUGACUCAUGUAAUGUCAUUGCAGUUGAACAUUGUAUACAUAUACCAUGUGACUUGUACCAAAUAAAUGAUUGAUUUUUCA